CUCUGCCUGCCGGACAGCUUGAACCUUCACAAAGACCAGCAAAGGUCAAACAAGCCUGGGGAGGUGCAGAUGUUCAGCCAGUCAGAGCUAAGGACCAUCGAGCAGUCUUUACUUGCUACGCGCGUGGGGAGCAUUUCUGAACUCAGCGACCUGGUGUCUCGAGCAAUGCAUCACCUCCAGCCCCUCAAUGCCAAGCAGCACGGGAAUGGGACACCAAUGCACCAGAAGCAGGGAUCGUUCUACUGGGAGCCAGAGGCUCUCUACACCCUUUGCUACUUCAUGCACUGUCCACAGAUGGAGUGGGAAAACCCCAAUGUGGAGCCAUCAAAAGUCACGCUGCAGACCGAGAGGCCGUUCAUUGUGCUGCCUCCCCUGAUGGAAUGGAUUCGGGUUGCCGUGGCUCACGCGGGGCACCGUCGCAGUUUCUCGGUGGACAGCGAUGACGUGCGGCAGGCAGCCAGGCUCCUGCUGCCGGGAGUUGACUGCGAACCUCGACAGUUAAAAAUCGACGACUGUUUUUGUGCGUCUCGGAAGCUGGAUGCAGUUGCCACUGAGGCGAAGUUCAAGCAAGACCUCGGCUUUCGGAUGCUCAACUGUGGCCGAACGGAUCUGGUUAAACAAGCCAUAUCCUUGCUGGGGCCAGAUGGGAUUAACAGCAUGAGUGAACAGGGCAUGACUCCACUGAUGUAUGCUUGUGUCAGGGGUGAUGAGGCUAUGGUGCAGAUGCUGCUAGAUGCUGGAGCAGAUCUAAAUGCUGAGGUUGUCAGUACUGCUCAUAAAUACCCAUCCGUCCACCCUGAGACCCGCCAUUGGACAGCUCUGACAUUUGCUGUGUUGCAUGGACAUAUUCCUGUAGUUCAGCUGUUGCUGGAUGCUGGAGCAAAGGUAGAAGGUUCCUUGGAGCAUGGAGAGGAAAAUUACUCUGAAACUCCUUUACAGUUGGCAGCAGCUGCUGGAAAUUUUGAACUUGUCAGUUUGCUGUUGGAGCGAGGAGCUGACCCCAUGAUAGGAACAAUGUACAGGAAUGGCAUUUCCAUGAAUCCACAAGGUGACAUGAACUCUUUCAGUCAGGCUGCUGCACAUGGACACAGGAACGUCUUUCGUAAACUGCUUGCUCAGCCAGAGAAGGAGAAGAGCGAUAUUCUGUCACUGGAGGAGAUCCUGGCUGAGGGAACAGACUUGCCUGACUCGGCAGCAGCUCCGCUCUGCGCCAGCCGCAACAGCAAGGCCAAGCUGAAAGCCCUGAAGGAGGCCAUGUAUCACAGUGCCGAGCACGGCUACGUGGAUGUGACCAUUGACAUACGGAGCAUAGGUGUUCCCUGGACGCUCCACACGUGGCUGGAGUCUUUGCGCACGUCCUUCCAGCAGCACAGACGACCCCUCAUCCAGUGCUUGCUAAAGGAAUUCAAGUCCAUUCAGGAAGAAGAGUACACGGAGGAGCUUAUCACACAGGGGUUACCUCUGAUGUUUGAGAUACUGAAGGCCAGCAAGAAUGAAGUGAUCAGCCAGCAGCUCUCUGUUAUUUUCACUCAUUGCUAUGGACCCUACCCAAUUCCAAAGCUGGUUGAAAUUAAGCGCAAGCAGACCUCCCGCCUAGAUCCCCAUUUUCUUAACAAUAAAGAGAUGUCAGAUGUUACAUUUCUGGUGGAAGGAAGACCGUUUUAUGCACAUCGAGUGUUGCUAUUUACUGCAUCACCAAGGUUUAAAGCAUUGCUGUCUAGCAAGCCCUCAUCUGAUAGUACUUGUAUUGAGAUCAACUAUGUGAAGUACCCCAUCUUUCAGCUGGUUAUGCAGUAUCUUUAUUAUGGAGGUGCAGAGUCACUCCUGAUUAAAAAUAAUGAAAUUAUGGAGCUUCUCUCUGCUGCUAAAUUUUUCCAGCUUGAAGCUUUACAACGACACUGUGAGAUCAUUUGUGCAAAAAGCAUUAAUACAGAAAACUGCGUGGAUAUUUAUAAUCAUGCCAAGUUUCUCGGCGUCACAGAACUAUCUUCCUAUUGUGAAGGCUACUUUCUAAAAAAUAUGAUGGUCCUCAUUGAAAAUGAAGCUUUCAAACAGCUGUUGUAUGACAAGAAUGGAGAAACAUCUGGUCAAAAUGUACUAGAGGACUUACAGAGGACGUUGGCCACAAGGAUUCAGUCAAUUCAUUUGUCUUCUUCAAAGGGCUCCGUUGUGUAAAGCUGAGGAAGAUGGUAACCCUCUGAUAAAAGACCCUGCAAGUUAAGUCAGCUGUUGCAGUUGCUUAAACCUGUUGCAGUUGCUUAAACGACUACAAAAAAGAAAAUUUAAGAAAUUCUACUUCGCAUCCAAAUAGUUCUGUUUUGGCCAAAGGUGCUGCGCUGGGGCUGUAUUCCCUGUUUGGAUGAGAGAAUACAGAAAACCAAGUUCCUCCAUGGUUUUGAGCAAACUGGGUACAAGAGUUUCUGGUGAAUUGCUGUUGUACUCAAAUCCUGAACAUAAGCCUCUUUGUGGAUCUUGAUGCCAACAAAAGCCAGAACUCACAUCAUUGAACAGCAGAAGCCCCUGCCUUGAAGGGUAGUGCCGGGGAACACCUGAAUUGACCAAUUAAUCAUUUAAGUCAGAUUUGUUCCAGUGUCACACAUUUAAGAACUGUAUCUAUCCCGGAGUCCAUUGUCUCAUGCAUUUGAGAAAUGUAAGAACUGUUCUUGCUGUCAAGCAAAGAUCAGCUGUAUUAGAGAGUGGGUAAGACUGUUGCAGUCGAGGAAAUAUACUGGCAGAUUUUUAGGGGUGGGAACUUUUUAAAUUGUUCAUAAAAAAUGGGGUGGCCUUGUAGUUUAAAAACUAUUUCUUAAGCUUAAAAUUUCAUUUUCAACAGAGCUGUGUUUGAGAAUCUAUGUAACAUGUUUUGUUUUUUUAAAUGGUAAAAUGUACAUUGUGUAAACAUACAUAUGAUCAAGUUUUGCUUGUAUUCUUUCCUAGGGUGGUAUAAUCUUGCCUAACAGGCUAUGGUUACACCAAAGAGGUACAUUACCCAGACUAUCUCUAAUAUAGUAGUUGGAGGGGGGCAGAAGAACUGCAUGCUACUCGUGAUUUGGGGUUAAAAACAAUGACAAACUCAACAAACAUGCGUUUGCAUGGUAACUGUACCUGUGAAAUGUUACGUUCGUGCUUUGUUUCGCCAAGACAAAUGCAAUGUUACUUCUUGUCAAACUUCAUUUGUGAAAUUAGCAUAUUUUUUUUAUUUGGUGCGAUUGGCUGUGAUAUGAUACCCCUGGAGCUCCUUCUCGAGGUGCUGAUUUCUGUUUGUUGCAGUGAAGGGAUAAUAACAGAUCUUUACUUGAGUAAUGUGUGGAUAUUUUGCUACUGGCCAGAGAUUGUUGUCCGAGUUAGACUUUUUUAAAUUAUAAUUAAAUAUGUACUAUAGAAUGAUUCCUCACUGUAUCCUGAGAAUGUAUAG